AUGGCCACCGAAGACGACAACGACCCGCUCCACAGACUGCAGAAUCUGCAGCGCGACCUGAACGCUGCCAAUGAAGCUCGCCUAGCCAACAUUGAACGCCUGGCCGCUGAGCUUGAAAGCAGCGCCGAUAAUCUGCGGAGACUGCUAGAGAGGAACAAGAAGAGUCAGGCCAGCCGCGAUGCCCUGACGCCCGAUACCCUGACGAUUGGAGAGACACAAUAUCGCAUCACCGAGCCGUUUCGCUUGAAUGUAAAACAGGUGUCCGAUGCCUUGAACCUGGACGAACUGGAAGCUGCGCAGCUGUGCAUUAGGUCGCAGUUUCCUGAUGAGGACAAUCAGCAUGGUGCAGCCUUAUCUAUGAGGGCGGUGCUCCGCUUUCACGAGGAGCGAUUCGUGUUGCUGGACUGUUUGCGCAUUCUCCUUCUGCUGGGCAACGGCGACGAGCACACCGCAGAGGCGUACAAGGAGGCAGUGAAAGAGUUGUUGCAGGGCGAGGGUGGGGGACCCACGCAGACAUCUGCAUUCUGGCGCAAGUGCACCGAUGGCUUGGGCGACAUUGAAGGCUUCAUUGCCGACUUGGCUGCCCUGGACAACAAGAUGAUGCAGACAGGUCAAAAGCAGCAGGACGAUGAUGUAGCGUGGGUGCUCUCGCAGAGGCUGCUAUUGACUCGACAACACGAAUCCCUCGCUGCGGUCAUGACCUACCUCCUGCCACGGGGGUAUGUAGCACCAGAGGAUUAUCGCAGCUUUUUAAGCCAUGCUGCUGCUCUUGAAGCCCCGGCCGACAUUACAACACACUACCUACCAAUAUUAGCAAGCGGCGCUGCCCACUUUGCGGAAGAGCGCAACGAGGCCGCUGUUCGCGGGAUUCACAGCUUAUUUGCAACCGGGCCUGGCCAGCUACAGUGGAAGCAGUCACAAUUCAAAGCAGCUGCGAUCGUGAUCUGGCUAGCCGAGUACAGCGGAACAUUUCCAACUCCUGGAGCCACCGACUCUGCUGGGGAUGCAAGAACAGAUUUGUUCUUCGAUGCGUUGACCGACGGAGCGUUCUCGUUCAUCCUCGGAGCUGCAUCGUUCUUGAAGCCUGUGGUAUGGCACGAUCCAGCUCGAGUGGCCAUAACAGACUUCCUGAUCGGUUCCACUGUUGUCAUGCCCGCAGACGCUCCGCGUGCCCGAGCAGACUUUGCGGCACUGACCAUGGCCGAGCUUCAAACCUUCACUGAGGCAUUCGUCACAAACAUGCCAGACGCGCUGCGGAGACUGCGCUCUACGGAGGAUGAGAAAAGACGCAAUUUGCUGUCACAGUCGGCAAAUGGUGCUGGUCAAACUGAGCUUGAACUGGAGCGAUUCAUGGUCAUCAUGGCGUACGCGUAUCAACAUGACGCCGAGGCUGCCAUGGACUUCUGGUCAGAUCGAGAAAGCAACCUUUACGGUUUCCUGCGGUGGGUGUCCCAACGAUUGCCGACCCCGAGAGUCGCAGCGUUCUGUCUACUACUCAGAUCUAUCGCGUGCGACGACAAAUCUGCGGACACAGCUCAUCGCUUCCUGCUUGAAGACAGUACCAUGACCUCGGGCAAGUUGCGGAAAAGUUACGCAGUCAGUUGGGCUCAAAUAUUCAACGAACUUGAAGUAUACGUCUCGUCGUUGAAGGAUCGACCAUCUGCCCCCCAGGGCGCUUUGGGCCCAGACCGUGCGGCCGGUGAGCUCUUGCUUGAAGAACCAGAGACUGGCAUUAUGCUAGACGCGUAUUUGGGCUUGACAGCUCACAUUUGUCGUUCAAGCCCCGAGGCAAGACAAUGGCUCCUCAAAGAACAGACUUUCCACUUGGGUGAAGUCAUGUUCAAGCUGGCACAGAGCGCCACAGAAGCACGCAUCCGCGCAUGUUGCUUGGACGUACUGGCCGCGCUCUUGACAGACAAUGUCGUCGAGGUUCGUAAUGGCAUGUGGGUACUUCUGGACACUUGGAUCUCCAGUGGCGGCCAAGAUGCCUCAUCCGUUGCGCGAGUCAACAGACCAGCAUUUGCUGCCAAGCAUUACUUACAGGCCUAUGCGAACAGCGCCGAGUCAGCCGCUUCUCUGAUUGCAUUGCUAAAUGCGCUCGUGGCGCCAACGGCAAGUUCACCAGACCACACGAUUGAUGAGUUACCCUUCCCGGAGAACCUUGGAGCACCACACCGUCAUGCUGGCAUUGAUGCUUAUGUCGAUUUUGUGUUGGACGCAGUCUUUGCGCGCAAAGCUGGAAGCAUGCUUGGUGAUGGAGAAAACAGCUUGAUUGCCAUUGUGCGGUACGAGUGCCUUCACUUCGCUUUUCAAUGUCUGUCGACCUUCAACGAAGAUCUUGUGCAGCUUGCCAACACCACACAAAUCAGCGUGGAGUCUACAAUGGAGACAAAGUCACUCACGACGUAUGCCCGCCUGCAUCCGUUCGCUCGAGUCAUGGAGUGGCUUUUCGACAAGAAUGUGAUCUCACAGAUGUUCCAGACGGUGCAACAGAACAUCGACGCACUCAAUAACGCAGAGCCAGAAUCUCCAGUGGUGAAGGCGACGUUGAAGGCAAUCCAGAUACUCAGUCUCGCAUGGCAAUUGCAGCCGACAUACUUCGACCUGGUUCGCCCUGCCAUCCUCUCACAAAAGACGAAAGCACAACCCGUGAGCUCGACAUGGACUUCCAUUGACGAGAUCUUCUUGACUUAUCUUCAUGCGAUUGUGGAUAUUGCCGAGUACACAGCGUGCAGGCAUGUCGAGAUCAGUCUGGAAUGUCUUCGCUUGCUCCAGCGCAUUGGCUCUUCUCGCAGAUUGACCGACACUGCCGAGUCUGGUGGAGCAACAAGACAUGGGUCACGUAUUGUCAGCGUGCUUGCACCAGGCAGUGCAUUGUUGACCAUGCAACUUGCCGAGGACUUUGUCAUCCAUGCGUGGGAUCUUGAACUGGACGAGGUUCCUCUGCAAGUGGUACGGGCGAAUGCUACGCUCGAUCUCAUGAACGGCAGCCUAGACAUCUCAAGCACGCGACCGGGUAUUGCACACUGCCUCCUCGGCUUCCACUGUCGCGACCGCGACGUUGACGUACUCCCGGCGAGCGUAUACUCUGAAGGCAGGUCUUUGUUUCAUGCGAUCGCAAAGUGUGCUACGGACGCGGAGCUUAUCACACAACCUGCUGGCAACACCUCUUGGCUUAUGGCGUUGAAAAGGCGAUGCCUGGAAGUGAUCUUGAAACUGGCCAUUGCACCCAUGACUUCACGUCUCGUGCAGCCUAAUCUACGCGCGAUGGAGUUCCUGCCCGCACUGUCAAGAAGACUGGCAACCACCCCUGCGGUUCCAUCUUGGGAUGGACUACCUUUACAGGAUGCUCGCGUGCUUCUCCAGAGUUCGUCCGCCGCCGUACGUGACUUCCUGUACAUUCGUGCGGGCUUCUGUCGUUUCGCGGCCGUUGAUCUGCGUGCGGCCGCUGAGCAGAGUGCCUUCUCCGUACAAGAUAAGAUCAUCAGUGCGCUGCUUGGAACUGUCAUUUCUCCCAAUGGCGAGGAAUUGCCUACUGUCUCCAUCUUCGAUCUCUUCGACUUCUUUGAUCUAGAGACGGCCGAUGCGUUCGUGGUGCCAUCAACCAAGUACUUUGACGACUUGGAUGUGUCAUCUUUUACCAAAGAUGAUGCCGAGCUAGGGCGAUCAUUCGACAUUAAUGUCACUGAAAAAGCUUUGGUGCUUCGAAAGCGUGAGUUGGUGAGCAAAGGAGACAUCAAAGAGCCUGCUGAACUCGAACAAGCGGAGAAUGAGAUGCGGGCAAUAUCAGCUGCCUUGGCUAGUCAAAGCAACUUCAUGGCAAUUCAAGUCGCUCGAUCAGCUGCACUGGAAGCCUGGACCGAAUUAGUAUCGCUCAUGGUUACAAAGGGAGCUCUCGAAACACCAAACCUGGUGGCCUUCUCGCUACAGGGCCUGCUGAUCGCGGCACCCAAAUACGAAAGAGCGCUUUCCGGCGAUCUCGAAUCGGCGGCUAUGCUGGCCAAGCUGGUCCUCACACUGACGCAUGCCAUCAGCCAUGCAUCACAAGACAGCUCCGAGCAAACUGCCAGCGUGGCCAUUGAACGACUCCUCGCCAUAUUCAGGGUGUCUCUCAAGGCAAUCACUGACAGUGCCACGAGCUUAGCGCUCCGCGACGUGGCGUACAGGACUACAUGCGCCAUCUUGGCCUCGCUACCGAAGGCUCCCAUCACGAGUCGUACCUCUCCGACCUCAAGCUCCAAGCAGCUAUUACAACUGGUCCAAAACACCGGCGAACGCCUCUUCACGGUCGUGACCGAAGACGCCUUCUCUGGUCGUGGCAUAACCCGCGUAUCUGCCCUUCUCUUCCUGGACAGCCUAGUCUCCCUCUACCAAAGCCUGAAAGUCAACACCUCAAUGCUCCGAGCCUUUACGAAGCUCAACUUUGUGCCUGUGCUCCUCGACACGAGCAUCGGCAACGUUGCAGCAGCCUUUAAGAGUGAAGAAGAGACUGUCGCCACACUGGCCUACUUUCACACAGCCAUGACUUUGCUCCUUCGAAUCUGCCAGACUGCGGACGGCACGCAGCUGGUCCUGAACUCAGGUCUUUUCCAGACUGUGGAUGAUAGCAAGCUAUUCAGCACGGAUCCCGAUCUUGGCCUGGAUAUUGAUAACCCGAAAGCACUGCAAGAGUUUUACGCCAUUCUCGCUGACACUUUACGGCUCAUCACAGCCGUGGCUGUGCAGAAGAGUCCGCAGCCGGCCAAGCUGUUCUUGCAGCAAAAUAGAUUUACAGUGCAGGCGAUCUUCAAGCAAGCGUCGAGAGGGCUGGCGCUUGAUGUGGCAGAGGAGUUGAGUAGGUUGAUACUGGCGACGGACUUCCUUGAUGACGAUCAGGCAGCGCCGGGCAGCACACGCGUGAAUGGUUUCACAUGA